UCCGCGCCCAGGAUGUGGAGCCAAGCGGGAGGAGGAGGAAGAGGAGCGGAGGGGCGGCCUCGGGGGCCCUUUUGACCAGGACUUAGCCGCCCAGGGCAGACCCUCGGCAUCGCACACUAACAGAGAUAUAUUAAUAUUCAGAAGCCUGGAUAUUGAUCCCCCCCCCCCCAGGAAACUGGUGUGUGUGAGAGAAUUGGCCGUCUGCAAGGACGUUGCUCAAGGGGCGCCCGGAUGUUUGAUGUUUUACCAUCCCGUGGGAGGCUUCUCUCAUGCCCCCUGCAUGGGGAGCUGGAGCUGACAGACGGUACCUAUUGAUCUACUCACAUGUGCAUGUUUUCGAACUGCUAGGUUGGCAGAAGCUGGGGCUAACAGCGGGAGCUCACCUGGCUCUCCCCGGAUGCGAACCGUCAACCUUUUGGUCAGCAGUCCUGCCGGCACAAGGGGUUUUUUUUAACCCAUUUCGCCACCAGGGGGAUAUUGAUUGAUUGGGGCCCUAUUGGCGCGCGCUAAAACCUGCCUCAUUCAGGCUGACACUUUUGCACAGCCUGGAUAUUGAUUCCGUCACCACAGAAAAAAAAUACUCCCAACUACAGAAUACAACUUGGUAGUUUGGCCAAGCCUGGGUAUUGCUGAGUCGUGUCCCCUCCACAAGGACUUGAAGCGCCCGCCUCAUCCGACGAGGAAUUGGUUUCCUUCAAUCCACGCCCGCCCUUUUCUCUGAGAGGAACUUUCCCUCAAGACAGUAUAUCUAGAAUUAUAGUUGGAAGAGACCUCGCGUGCCAUCCAGUCCAACUCCCUGCCAAGAAGCAGGAAAAUCGCAUUCAAAGCACCCCCGACAGAUGGCCAUCCAGCCACUACUUAAAAGCCUCCAAAGAAGGAGCCUCCACCACACUCCGGGGCAGAGAGUUCCACUGCUGAACAGCUCUCUCUCACAGUUAGGAAGUUCUUCCUCAUGUUCAGGUGGAAUCUCCUUUCCUGGAGAUAUACAGAUAUACAUAUAGAUACAUUGAUCUAUCUAUCAAGACAUAUAUUGGUGUAUUAAAAAUGUGGACACUAAGUUUUCAUCGCCAAGCCUGGAUGUUGCUUUUUGGAUAGAUCUAUCGUGGAUUCAACUACUCGAGAAGGCAAAAGUUGGACCAAGCCGGGAUAUUGAUUGUGUCCCCUCAACAACAUCUCUUUGGAUUGUGUCCCCUCAAUGACAUAUCUAUCAAUAUAUAUAUUGGUGUAUUAAAGAACUUGGGCAGUAAGAGGGGAGAGUUUUCAUUGCCAAGCAUGGAUGUUGGCUUUUGGAUAGAUAUAACAGUGAAUUCAGCUACUUGGGAAGGCAGAAGUUGGACCAAGCCGGGAUAUUGAUUGUGUCCCCUCAACAACAGUUGGACCAAGCGGGGUUAUUGAUUGCGUCCCCUCAACAGCAACAUAUCUUUUGGUUGUGUGUCUUUAUUUAACAGCUUGGCAGGGAGGGCAGAGCUUUGUCCAAGGCUGGACACUGGUCAUCCCUCGAGGAGGUGUCUCUUGAAGGACUUUGAAGCGCCCGCUUCGCCGUCCCUACGACGCCGACGCCUUGGGAGUUUGGUGGUCAUGGCAGCAGAGCUGGCAGCAAGGAAGCCCUUCUUCCCGCCUUUUCCCUCCUCGCCUUGACUGAGAGCAAUCCACGCACGGAACUCUCUUCCCUUCAGAGUCGCAGCAGCGGCCGCCUUUGGGAAAGUUUACCUCACACAGGCGACACCUCAUCUCCCCGUUCCCUCCCUCCGUCCGAAAGAGGAGCGGCAGAAGGCAGGCGAGGGUCGUCCUCGGCGGGUUGCCCAGCAUGGGAGACGGCUCUCCGCCGGAGCCCAGCCGAGCCAGCAGCCACCCCUCUCCCGCCGUGGCCGCCUCCGCAGAAGCCGAAGCCAUCGAGGUGCUGGGCGCCGAGGAUGGGCUGCCCAUGGCCGCCGAGGACAAUGAUAGAGUUGGAAGGAACCAAAGUUCAGCUUCUCCAACCUGCUGCCCAAAGGCAAAGCUGCCCAACCACCAACCCCUCACAGAGCAACCUUUGCUGUCCAGAAUACAGUGUGACACAAGCAGAGGGCAGAAGCACACGAGAAAGCAUUGGAAAGCUCUAUUUGAUCAGUUUGACCCUGAAAACACUGGCUAUAUAAGCACUGAAAAGUUUCGAAACCUCCUCCAAAGAUAUGGUUCUGAGCUGGAUCCACAUAAACUGGAGGUGCUUUUGGCCUUGGCAGACAACAAUUCUGAAGGGAAGAUAUGCUACCAAGACUUUGUCAACUUGAUGAGUAACAAAAGGUCCAACAGCUUUCGCCAAGCCAUUUUGCAAGGGAACAGGAGGCUGUGCAGCAAGGCACUGCUGGAGGAGACGGGACUUAGCCUUUCACAGCGGCUUAUUCGGCACGUAGCAUAUGAGACUUUGCCACGAGAGAUAGACCGGAAAUGGUACUAUGACAGCUACACCUGCUGCCCUCCACCUUGGUUCAUGAUUGCCAUUACCAUUGUAGAGGUUGCCUUCUUUCUUUACAAUGGAGUGGUACUGGACAGGUUUGUGUUGCAAGUCACCCACCCCUUAUAUCUGAAGAACUCAUUGUUAUAUCAUCCUCAGCUCCGUGCUCAGGCCUGGAGGUACCUCACAUACAUAUUCAUGCAUGCAGGGAUAGAGCACCUUGGACUCAACGUAGUUCUUCAGCUUGUAGUUGGAGUCCCCCUUGAAAUGGUACAUGGUGCUGCAAGAAUUGGAUUUGUCUACAUUGCUGGAGUUUUAGCAGGUUCCUUGGCAGUGUCUAUUGCUGAUAUGACUGCACCAGUUGUGGGCUCCUCUGGAGGAGUGUAUGCGCUUGUUUCUGCUCACCUAGCAAACAUAGUAAUGAAUUGGUCUGGAAUGAAGUGCCAAUUCAAGCUGUUGCGCGUGGCUGUUGCCUUGAUCUGUAUGAGCUUUGAAUUUGGACGUGCUGUGUGGUUGAGGUUCUACCCAUCUGCUUAUCCUCCGUGCCCACAUCCAAGCUUUGUCGCACACCUUGGUGGGGUGGCUGUUGGAAUCACGCUUGGUGUGGUCAUCCUAAGGAACUAUGAGCAGAGACUCCAAGACCAGUCCUUGUGGUGGAUCUUUAGUUCCAUGUAUGUGGUGUUUGUACUCUUUGCCAUAUUCUGGAACAUUUUUGCCUAUAGCCUCUUGGACUUGAAACUACCUCCACCUCCUUGAGAGCCGAGACUGAGGAACUGUCAAUGACAAAUGGAUGACUUCUCAUCUGGCAGCUCCACUGGGGGUAAAAUGAAACCUGAGGAUUUAUUUUUGUAUGAAGAUUAUAAGAUAUAAGUAUAUUCAUCUUCUGGAAAGGCACACGCUGAGAAGGCCCAGAUGAAGAAUGAUCAUACUACUGAAACAAACAUGACUUUUUGACUUAAACAAUGACUUGUCAAUUGAAACUUGCUAAGAAGAUAUGUGGACAUGCCAAUUUGCAGGUAUUACAGUACUUCAUUAGAGCUAGGCAUUAUAUCCCUUGCUCACAAAGUUAGUUUGGUGCUGAUCUCAUGAGAAAGGGCUGAUGAUGAAGCUCUCAAUUUAUGUAAGUGGGCGCUUCUUCCCAUCACACAUACUGGUGAAUGUUUAUGCACAUGGUGAAUUUUUGCCCAUGUUUUCCCAGGUUAACGUUUGCUUCUGCAAUUCAAAGCUUUAUGGGCCAAGGGAAGACCAAUUUCUUUCUUUAAUGAGGACACUAAAGGGACACCUGGCCCAAGCAGCUUGGUGUGCUCUUAAUUGAUAGGUCAGGCAGUUCAUAUACAGUUACUAAUGUCCAGUGAACUUAAAGAAUGUAUCCUAUAGAAAAUUCUAGGUGCUUUGAUAUACAGUUGGCCCUCUUUAUCCAUGGAUACUGCAGCCAUGGAUUCAACCAUCCAUAGCUUGAAUAUAUUCCACACACACUAAAGAAAGAAAUUCCAAAAAAUGAAUGUUGAUUUUGCCAUUUUAUAUACGAAACACCAUUUUACUAUGCCAUUGCAUAUAAUGGGAUUUGAACAUCCACAGAUUUUGCUAUUCACAAAGGUACCUGGAAGCAAAAUGCAACAAAUAACAAGGGCCCAUUGUAUAUAGGUUCACAGAUAGUCCAUGACAGUGGCCAGUUUUCAGUUAAAGGACAAACCAAAUGGUAACAAAAAAAUCUAAAGGUGCUUUGACCAGAUUUCUAAAUAUAACUGCAUACAUUACUUAAUUUUUGCAGUUUGUGACUGGUGUUUAUUUCUCAUAGUAAAUGAAUCAAAUAGUAAGUCUCUUUUUGCUGACAAUCAUGUUCUUUUCCCCUUGAUUUUCUUCCUUGGUCCUCCUAAGGCAUUUUAAGGCAACAACUGCUCUGUCACAACAGUUAGGGAGAUGCUAGGAGGGAGAUGGUGUUGCACUGAGAUGCCGGGAGACAGCUCAGUGCCCCACACAACCUGCCCUACACCCCUAGGCUGGCAUGCUGCCUUGGGUAAGAUGGAAAAUAUUAUGGAAAAGGUUGUGCAGGCAGCCUACUAUCUUGUGCCAGCCAUAGAGAUAUCACCUGUGUGUGUGUGUUUUAAUUUUGAAGAUGCCCUUCAACAACAUUAUACCUCACACAACCUUAUGGAUGCCUCUAAAUUUUAGAUUACGAUCAAUCUAUGGCGCUAUACAAGCUCUACAUUCACUUUUAUUUUUUAUAUGUAGAUUGAGCAACAUUUGCUCAGUUUUGUUUGGAAAAUGUGAAUGUGGCUCCUUUGCCUAAGGAAUUCUAAAAGUAGCCAAGUGCCGCUUUUAAAAUAUUACAUACAUAUUUAAUGGGUCAGAGAUAUGUUUGACAAUACCUCAGCUAGAACCUAGUUGUCACAGAAAUAAAAACGGAGCGACACAGGUGGCAGAGCUCCUUGCAAAUAUAAAGUUGGGGAACUGGAAAAACACAGCACUGCAACUGCUCUUCUUGACAGCUAAUUCUCUAUGUGGAAUAAUACAUAUAUUUGUACAGAGCUGCAUUUUGUCCUGUAUGCCCUCCCAUGCUUGAUGUCUGCAAUGGUGCAGUCCAAACAUAGUUUGACCACUGAAGUGAGAAGCAUUCUUUAGAGCUCAGGUGUCCUGCACAAGGAAGUUGCUUCAGGAAUUGGUAACCACUUGUGAUAUUUUUCCUUUAGCAAUCUAGUAAGUUUGUAAAACUGUAAUCAGUAAAACCUUUGCUUAUGUUGGUGCCCUGACAAAGAACUAGCUCUUUUUCCUGGAGAUGAGUGUCACUGCUGUAUACCCAGGAUAAGCCAAGCCCUGUUGCUGAGCCAACUAAUUCUAGAUUCUUGGCAUGUUUAUUUUUGUUUAUAUGAUACAUAUUUGUCGCAUUCACACUUUCCAGUUGUGUUAUAUCUAAGGAGUGGAGACAAACAGAUGGCCUUCCAGAUUUUUUGAACUACCAUGCCUAUGAUUCCUUUACAUUGUGGCAUAAAUGGCUGGGACUUGUAGGAGUUAGAAUCCAAGAGAUCUGGAAGCCAGAGAAUAUCUAAAUAUGUAAUGUGUCAACAGAUUCUUUGUCUUUGAUAGCAUCAAAUUACUGUGGCAGCUGAAUUGAUUAAUGUACUGAAACAAUCGGUUAAGUUCAUGCAAACAUUGUAUAACAGCAAAAUACUGUUGUGUGCACACUUAUCAGGUGUUUUGUUUGCAGAACAAUAAGCACACUCAAAACCACUAAUAGUUUACCACUCCAGACUGUAUCAGGAGAAGGAAAAAUUGUAUCUUGCUAUUUCUUCCUUCUUUCAAAUGCUUUCUGCUAUCUGGUGUUACAUUUUCAUUCUGUGAUAAAUGGUUUUGCUUUGCCUCAUUCUGUUUCUCAUCUAGUGGUGGCCAAAUUCUCCAUAGCUCAACCUAGAACUCUUUAGCAAACAAGUAUUCUCACUAACUGUUCUGGAAAACAAAAAGGCUCAUUUUGUUUUCUACUGGUAUUAGCACAUAGGCACUAAUGAAGCUGAGCAGAUGUGCCUUAUUGUAUGAUUUCUGGGAAUUAUUCGUUUCCAGCAUCAGCCAUUGCAGUUAGCCACUUAGAAAUUAAACCAUAAAUAUCUGUAAAGACCUAUGCCCAAAUUCAAUUUGAGUUUUUGUUUGAAAUGGAAGACUACUGCAAAAAGAAGUGGGCUCCAAAAUAAUAAAUAUUUACUAAAUUAGAAAAUCCGAUGGGGCAAUCUGAUCAGGUAGUUCACAGCAAAUGCAAGUAAAGUUUUACUAUUAAA